UAUAUAUUUAAUCUCCUCCCUUUAUUUCAGGCCGAAAUUUGCAGACUCUCUGAACAACGUCAUUGUGAAAUUCAUGCGCCCGCCAGACUGUAUAUCUGGACCCUGAGACAUCUAGAUGUCCAGCCAGCAUGCUUCCGUAUGGUUCCUGGAAUGAGAGGAGGUAUACGGAACAUUAAUCUGGAUGCCAAGAAUGCUGUCGGCGUAUCGAGACUCUGGUUGUCUCACCCAAGGUUACGUGAAUUUCGCUCGAUAUCAAUCCCCGCCACGCUCAUGCUGAUUCGCUCAGGCAGUGGCGGUAAUCUGAGACUGUCAAAACAAUGGACGACCACAAUGCUAUCAGUGGCUUUGACAACCAGAUUUGGUGCACUGCAGUGACAAUAUCAUAAAUAGUGCACUGGCUUUGUGUAUUCGAUAUAUGAUCGUGGAAAAGUGCAAGAAAGUCGCACAUCGCUCAAGACUCUCGG